UUCACAGCGAUCUUAAAAGCGAUUAUAGCACCAGGAAAACACAUAUUCUUAUACAUAAAUAAAAUUAUGAUACGAAGACACUAUUGAGUGUGAAUAAUAAGAGUUGGGACUGAAGAGUAAGGAAGGAGUAUUUUGUUUGACUCUGAUAGUAGGCUACGUUAGACUUGUUUGGAGAGACAUGGGGAAUCAGCUAGCUGGAAUUGCCCCAUCACAGAUCUUUCCAGUGGAACAUUAUUUAACAGACCUGCCAGAUAUUCACUAUGAUUACAAUUUAGGCAGCACAAGAUUCUUCAAAGUUGCUCGAGCAAGACACAAGGAAGGCUGGACUGUUGUAAAAGUAUUUGCUAUCCAUGACCCAUCUCUUCCAUUAAGAACUCAUCGAGAUCGUCUAGAAGAAAUUCGAAGUCUUAUGACAUGCAUUCCAAAUUGUCUGCCAUUCCAAAAAUCAAUUCUGACUGAGAAAGCUGCUAUCCUCAUCCGUCAGUAUGUUAAGGACAACUUGUAUGAUCGAAUCAGCACUAGACCUUUCCUUAAUAGCAUGGAAAAACACUGGAUUGCUUUCCAGUUGUUAAAUGCUGUAAACAACUGUCACAAACUUGGG